UGUGUUUUAUAAAAGCGAGGCGCAUGCGCAGCGCAUCUUUUAGUCAACCUCAAUUCUUCACGCACGCCAGCUCGAAAUUCGUUGAUAAACUAUGUCGCUUCGCAUUUUAUUAAUCGCAGCUGCCGCAUUGAUUUGCCACUGCGCCGCCGAUGUGGCGCACAUAAAUCAAGCGGCGCCUAAGGACGUAUUGGUGCCGUUCAAUGAUUUAUUGCCACCGCCGCUGGAAGAGUCCACCACGGAGGCAGCCGCCCCAGCGACAAAGCCAACCAAAAAGUCCUUCCAUCAGCAGCAGCAGCAGCAGGCCAGGGGCAAGGUCUCUGAUAUCAGUGCCGAGAAGCCGGCGGUGCUGCAGCUCGCUACGGACUUGUUGCCACCAUUCGUUGAUGCUGAUAGUGGCAGCAGCACCACCACCACCACCACUCGACAACCACUUGUCAGCAUUAAGGCAGCCUCAACUAUCGCGACACAUGUUGCACAGCCGGUGCAGCAGCACGCACGCGUGGCCGCCCGCCCCAACAGCCUGGCCAGCGAAACUUCCGCCUCCUCCCGCUUCUCAGCUGAGCUGAUCCGUCAGUAUGCCACGUACUUUCAGUCCACGACGCCGCGCCCGCCCCGUGGACCGCUGCCAACGCUGACGCCCUUUCCGCGUUUCAUUAAAAACUAGCAAAUUAAUUAAAUUAGUUAAGCGCACAACAAUAAAAAAUUAAAUUAAAUUAAAACAGCACAAAGA